AUGGCACCAUGUAAGAAAUGCAGAGCACCUAUAUCUAAUGCGGUCAAAUCUAAAAUACAGUGCUCCACUUGCGAAGAUGCCUAUCAUACAAGCUGCGCUGAUACGCCUACUCUUGACUUGGAGGGGCAUUGGUACUGCCCAGUUUGUUGGAAGAAAACGAUGGAGUAUUCCCAAAGCAUGUCUAGCUCGAAUUCAAAGCCAGGACCGUUGAACACCCAACAUUUUCAACAGAUAAUGGACCAACUUGCCCAGUUGAAUACGCAGAUAUCAGUCUGCAACCAGAGCAUACAUAACAUUAAAGAAACGUUGAUGAACCACAGCCAAUCAAUUACGGACUGUGUAGCUGAAGUUUCUGCCCUGAAAGACAAAACAACCAACCUUGAGACGCAGCUAGUUGAACUUCAAUCAGCUAGUUCCAGAAUGGUGUCUCCCAAAGAAGUAGAUCUGAACCUAUUUUGUGCAGAAUCUAGAGACCGCAUGGAGCGGGAGAAAAACAUAAUGAUCACUGGUAUCCCUGAGACCAACUGCAUUAUCACUGAUGAAAAUCAUGUAGAGUCCAUCGUAACUAUAAUUAGGAAUGGGUACCAGUCCCUUAUCACAUCAAUUACCCGCAUCGGAAAGCCCACCAAUGGAAAAACCAGACCCAUCAAAGUUGUCGAGAGAGCGAAUACUGCUUUGCAAGGAUCUCCUCAGACUCAGAGUAUUGCUAAAAUAACGAUAGAAAGCAUCAAUUUGAAAGUGCCACAUCUCACACCCAACGAUGACAUAAAGUUGCAGUUGUUGACACGUAUCAAAGCAGAUGAGUCUAUGAUGAUACCGUUUCGCCGAUGGGAAUUGCACGAGCUACCAGCACUCACACAAGGAUCUACCAUAGAAAUCUGGUCCGUAAAGACAUGUUCUGCAUUGGACAGUCCAAGAUAUGUUAUAGUAUUUUUCCAAACGAAAAAAGCCGAUAAUUUGCAUGAGGAUGUCACCUUGUUCGAUAAUGCCAACAUCAAAUCCAUACGAUUGGCUCUGAAUAGCGACUAUUAUCCGCAAGAAAGAAUGCUAUUGGACUUUUCCCGAGACCAAUAUGCCGACGCCCACUUCAACUAUACAGAGUCCAACAAGAGCUACCAUAACUGUCAAGAAAAGCGCUCUCUAGUAAACUUUGCCGAAUUCAAAUCCCGACCAAUGUUUGUUAUCGAUUGCUCGAGGCGCCAUCUGGGUCUAAAGUCGUCCACAGUUGACAUAAACAGCACUAUCAAGCAAGCUAUUAAUGUUAUCAAAGCAAAAAAUGUUAAAUUGUCGUUUGAACAAAAAUUCACCUAG